CGAGACGGUUCGCUACUUGUCGGCAACAUCGAGUCAAGUGGAAAAUAGAAAUAGAAAAAAGUGAAAUGAAUUUGAAGUGAAUGCAAAGCAGCAGAAUGCUCAAGCCAAGCCAAGUGAAGGCAGACAAUACAUGUUAAUUAAGUCAGUGAAAAGUAUAAAUUUUGAAAUAGAAUGUUUUGUGCAGACAAGUGUUGGCCGAUCGAGAGACGUUCCCUAGUGUGCAAAUGAAAAAAGUUUAUUGAAAAUGUUUUGGAAGAAAUUUUGUAAACUACAUCUGUAAUCUAUUUUUUGUGUGCUGACUAUUUUCAAGGCAUUCGCGUCGUAAGUAAUUCUGGUGCUGAGCGUUUUCAGCGAGCUAAUUGCGUUUUGCUUUAAGCUAUCCUUUUAGGCUAUCACCGCUUUGCGCGUGUACAACAAUUUUCGCUAACUAAGUCAAUGAGUGUAAAUCCCUUAAGCUGAAAAAUAAAAUCGUAAAAAGUGAAAUUUAUAUAAAAGUAGAAAAUUAAGAAAAGAUGAUACAAAUAGUGCUUCAUUAGGGUAACAAACGCUUCUGGUCAACGAGUUUAUAGCAAAGGUCAGAGUUGGCAUGGAAUUCACACCGGAAAAGCUGAUGGAAAUCCAGUAGGCAAAAUGCUGUAAAAAUCCAUGCCUGAUUAACGCCAUUCGCAUUGAUAUUCUAAAGGCUAAAUAACCGUUAAUAAGAUAAGCGCACAUACACACGUUUUUAUAUCGCGUGAGUGAAGAGUUGUUAGUACAAUUUAAGCGAAGAUUUAAAAAAGUCAUAAUUACGAAAAAAAAUUAAAAAAUUAACAAAAUAAUACAAAAACUCAAAAUAAAAAUUAUAUAAAAAAUUAAAAUUUGCAAAAAUAAAUUAAAAAAAUUAAAUCUACAUUUUUAACUAAUUUGAACUGAUGUAAACCGCAGCUUGAACUUUCGUACGUUUAAUACUUUUUGCGUAGUCAAAAUGUGUAAUUUCCUCAGCGAACGACGUCGACGAGUCCUGCGCCAAAGUGCCGAGCAGCCCUCUUUGUGUAGCGAAGCGUUUUGUUGUUGCGGGUCGCUUAGUUGCGCUGCUCAUGAAUAACGGACGGUGGAAAGUUGUAUUCACGCACACAUACACACACGCACACCAACGAAACCGCUACAGUUACAUUUACACGCUCAGCGAACAACAAGAGCAACAAGAACAGCAACAACAACAACAACCAGCACACAGAAAACAAAUGCAUUCUUCAGCCGACACAAGUUAAGUGAGUUGUGAGUUGCAAGCGUUGAGAAGCAGGCAAGUGAAAAGCAUAGCGGUGGAUAGCUGAAGUGGGCGCGAGAAAUCGACGAGCAACAGUUACAGCCAUGCAACGCGCCUAAAAGCCGGCAACACUACAAAGUUUAUUGCCAUAAAAAAUCAAAAGCGCAGAAAAAUCACAAACACCGUUAAACGAAGGUGGUAAAUACCGAGGAAAGGGUUGCUCAAAAGUGUGGAAAUAAGCUGGCAGGCAGUUUUGUGUGUGAAAAGAGGGACGAAGACGGAAGAUAAAGUGUAAAAGGUUGAAAGUAAAGCAAAGGAACCAACAGCACCGGAACUAAGGAAGGCGGAAGAAGCGUGCGAAAGGCAACCAAUUGAAGAAAUACAGACGAAAACACUCAGUGCGACAUUUAAGUGCAAUAACAGCAACAACUGUAAUACAUACUUGAACAAUAAUAAAUAAAUACAACAACAGCAACAACAUUAGUAACACCAUCAAAGCCAAAAACAGCCCUACAACAAGUGCAAUAACAAGGCAUGCACACGUCCAACAAGCAAAGGCAAACAGUACAAGCGACCGAACAACGGAAAAAAGUUGGAAAAAUGCAAGCAGAAUAGUAGUCGCAAUUGAAAAAAUUCACAAAAAAAAACUCUCUUGGCAACUCGAAAUUUUUAACUUCAAAAUAACACUCUACGUCUACCCACACAAGCACAUGCACUCUGGAAGAAAGCAACAAAAGUUUGUGUUUUUGGCGUCUAAGCACCUCAAGUGCUGCCAGCAAAAGAGCUGUGACAUCACUUUUAUUGCAAAAUAUAAUCGAAUAAAAGAAUCGAAAACAAACCUAAAAGUCAGCAGCUGGCAACGGACAACACUCUUUGAAUACCAGCCGACGCUUGCUGCCGCGCUGAAGGUUAGAGACCUCUAAACGACAUUUAUUAAGUGCAUGUAAAUAUCUAUUGCUUUCUGUACAGCAUGGCACACCAACAACAAAUGUUUCUAGCUCCACUUCAUUCGCUUACAAAUCCCUGACCAUAAAUGGCAGUGACUCGAAGACAUAACUAUGUAAAAAAGGUCUUCAUCGCCAAACUCGAACUGUGAAAGCGCCUCGAAAAUAACAAAAAAACAAAUUAAAACUACAAAAAUAAUUUCAAUAAACAGACUCGUUAAGCCACGGCGCAUUCGCAACUUUCAUGAAAUUCCCCACAGUGGCGAUUUUGCUAUUUUCAAACGCCACAAAAUAUCAGAACUAAAAACAAUCGCAUCACUUUUUACUAAAAAUCAAUAACGGAGAGUGAAAUUUCGAAUUUAAUCACAAUUUUUGUCGUGUUGAGUGUAAAUUGAAUUUGAGGUGCAAUCAAAUGCAUUCGGUUGUGGCAGGAUUGGCUACCCCAAGAGCGGGUGGCCGGCAGGCAACAGCAAGCAGCAGCCUAACCACUGCGAUCACAUGGUUACUGUUGCUGGGAUACGGAUUACUGAUUUCAUUGCCAGUUUGCACAGCUGGCCCGCAUGAGAAACGCCUACUGCACGCCCUGCUCGACAACUACAACAGUCUGGAGCGGCCCGUUGUGAAUGAAUCCGAUCCACUGCAGCUGAGUUUCGGUCUGACGCUAAUGCAAAUCAUUGAUGUGGACGAAAAGAAUCAAUUGCUUAUAACAAAUAUUUGGCUGAAAUUGGAAUGGAACGAUAUGAACUUGCGUUGGAACUCCAGCGAGUACGGUGGCGUGCGAGAUUUGCGCAUACCACCACACAGGCUGUGGAAACCCGAUGUGCUUAUGUACAACAGUGCCGAUGAGGGUUUCGAUGGCACCUAUGCCACCAACGUUGUGGUUCGCAAUAAUGGUUCGUGUCUCUAUGUGCCGCCUGGUAUCUUUAAGUCCACCUGCAAAAUAGACAUUACGUGGUUUCCAUUUGAUGAUCAGCGUUGUGAGAUGAAAUUCGGCUCAUGGACAUACGAUGGAUUCCAGCUGGACUUACAACUGCAGGACGAAGCCGGCGGCGAUAUUUCGAGUUUCAUAACGAACGGCGAAUGGGAUUUGCUAGGCGUACCCGGUAAACGAAAUGAAAUCUACUAUAAUUGCUGCCCAGAACCUUAUAUUGACAUAACGUUCGCCAUUUUAAUACGACGGAAAACUUUGUACUAUUUUUUUAACUUAAUUGUGCCGUGCGUACUGAUAGCCUCUAUGGCACUGCUAGGGUUCACACUGCCCCCCGAUUCUGGUGAGAAGCUCUCGCUAGGAGUUACAAUUCUACUAUCGCUAACAGUCUUCCUUAAUAUGGUGGCCGAAACGAUGCCAGCGACCUCUGAUGCAGUGCCGCUUCUAGGAAGUUAUUUCAAUUGCAUUAUGUUUAUGGUGGCCUCAUCAGUUGUGUCAACCAUACUUAUCCUCAAUUAUCAUCAUAGAAAUCCAGAUACGCAUGAAAUGAGUGAAUGGAUAAGAGUAAUAUUCCUUUAUUGGUUACCUUGCAUAUUGCGGAUGCAAAGGCCGGGACAGGUCGGCUACGAAUGCCCGCCGCCGCCGUCGUCAUCGAGUUCAUCCAAUGCCGGCGAUAAAAAGCAUCAAAUGCAAAAUGUCGAGCUUAAGGAAAGAUCGUCGAAAUCCUUACUGGCCAAUGUACUGGAUAUUGACGAUGACUUUCGCUGCAAUCAUCGCUGCGCCAGCGCCACAUUACCACAUCAGCCGACCUACUACCGCGCCAUGUACAGGCAAGGCGAUGACGGCAGUGUCGGGCCAGUGGGCCCCGUCGGCCCUGUUGGCCCGGUCGGUGAUACGCGCAUGCACGAGGCCAUGUCGCACACCUGUCUCAGCUCUUCGGCGGAAUAUGAACUAGCGCUUAUCCUCAAAGAAUUGCGAUGGAUUACAGAUCAGUUGAAGAAGGAAGAUGAAACGGGUGAUGUAACGCGCGAUUGGAAAUUCGCAGCGAUGGUAGUAGAUCGCUUGUGCCUUAUAAUUUUCACGCUUUUCACAAUAAUUGCCACUUUGGCGGUACUCUUCUCCGCGCCACAUUUCAUUUUCCCGUAAUUUGUGUCAACAUUGCAAAUACUUCGGAGAAUCUGGCAACUACAACGGAGCAUUAAAUGUUUUCAGCAGCAACACAGCAAUGCCCGACUACAAUCAAGAAAAGCUACAAACUUAUAAGCUGAUAUUUUUUUUUUUUUUUUCGAUAGCAAAUUUUUUAGUAAAAUGCAUUUGCCUCUUCUUAAUUUUAACCAAGCAAAUUAAAAUAGCAAUGCCUACGCAUAUAUGUACAUCUGUGUGCGUGUGUUUAAAAAUGCAAAAUGUGCCUGAGCAAAUGAAUGAAAAUGUGUAAAUUCUAAGUCAGCAUUGAAAAGUGAUUUUAAUUUUUUACGGAAAAAAAUUAACUAAUCAACAGUAGUAGUGCAUAAUCAUACAUGUUUCAUAUAUAAUUGGGAUUAAAAACACUUUCAUUCUCUCGUAUUCUUACAUUCAGAUACUCGAUUUUUCUAAAAAUCAUUUAAGGCUCAUCUUAAUAUUUGUAAGCAAUGCUCACUGCACGUCUCCUUCAUUACGCUUAAGCCUCGUUGUUAAACAAACCGCACAAAAUGCAUUUCCCCACUUUUUUUGCCAGUGUGGUGCUGUGCCUAAAACUAUGCUGUAGAGCCCGAAUUGUAAAAAAAUAAAUCUCAACUUGCUCAGAAAUAAAAUAGAAUAAAAAGUUCUCUUACAUUAACUUAAUCCAAAUUUAAAAAACAUUAGUUUAAAUUAAGUCAUAUAAAUGCCAAAUGAAAUAAUCUUAAAUAAAACAUAAUUAAGUAAAAGAAAAAAUUAAAUAAAAUAAGAUAUAAAAGCAUAUAAAACAAUAAAAUAACAUCCAAUAAAUUUAUAAAAAAUAAAACAAAAUUAAAUUCAUUAAUUUAAAUAAAAAGAUUGUAAACAAAAUAAAAUAAA